AUGACAGACGGCAAGAAAGUGGCGCUGGUCUUUGGUGCCAGUGGAAUCUCCGGAUGGAGUGUGACCAGAAACUUACUAUCUUAUCCCACCGCUAGCACGUUUGAUCGGAUUAUCGGUUUAAUGCAUCGUUCUCGGACAACUGCUGAGAGCGGCCUACCUCAAGACCCCCGACUGGAGCUGCACUCGGGGGUAGACCUCCGGACCGACCUCGAAACCGUGAAGAUGCAGAUGCAAGAACGCAUUCCAGACCUAGAUCAAGUCACCCACGUCUACUACCUUGCAUACUCCAAUGAUACCGCGUACACCGAAAAUGUGAUGGGUAUCAAAGACAUCAAUAAGCAAAUGACGUAUAAUGCUGUCCACGCAGCUGAUAAGCUCUGUUCGCGGCUUCAAUUCUUAGUUCUCCAGACUGGAACUAAUAACUAUGGGGUUGCAGUGUUCCAGCACAUGGACAAAAUUGAGAUCAACCCUCCUCUAAGAGAAGAUAAUCCCCGAAUCCCAUCGCCUUACGGAGAUGAAAUCUUCUACUAUGAUCAAGUUGAUUUGAUCAAGGAGGCUGCCAAGGGCAAAUCAUGGAAGUGGUGUGAGGUUCGCCCUGAUCAAAUCAUUGGAUUUGUUCCUAAUGUGACUGGAAUGAACUUCGUUGAGCCAUUGGCUUUAUACCUCGCUCUCUAUCGAUUCGUCAACGGUCCGGAUGCAAGAGUCACCUUCCCCGGUACAAAGGCCAACUUCACCUACACCUUCACAGACUCAUCCCAGGAUAUGAUAUCAAAGUCUGAAAUUUACCUGUCUGUGGUUCAGCCGGACCAGGCUAACGGUGAAGCUUUCAACAUUGCUGACACUGAUGUGCCGGGGCCGUGGUCCGUUAAAUGGCCGAUCUUAGCUGAAUACUUCGGCCUCAAGGGAACAGGUCCCGGCGAAAGGGGCUGGGAAAAUCUUGAAGAGUGGUGGAAUGAGCAUCAAGAUAACUACCGACGGAUGUGCAAAACCUACGGCCUAGAGCACCGUAUUAUUCCUCCUUCCUCGUGGAUUUUCCUCAAAGCCGGCUUUACGCUUCUUGACCGCAACCGGGAGAUGUGUCUUGACAAGAUUCGCGCUGUGGGUUUUAAAGAAGAGAUACCUGUUGGUAAAGGUCAUAUCAUCGCCCUCGAGCGUAUUGCGGAGGCCAAGUUGAUUCCGUCGCGACGUGCGCUAUCCACCUCCCUGUUUUUCCAGCCAGAAUCGUUCAAAAUUAUGGACAAUUAUUCUGUCAUAGAAAAGGCAAGCUUGUGA